CUUGCAUGAUCUCCCAAGAACGCACCAAAAAAAAAGGAAUUGAUCUCUCCUAAUCUCUUCAUCCACUUACGUAGUAAAAGUAGCUGUGCAAGUUAUUUGCUUUUGUUUUUCCCUUUUGGAAUCUUUCAGCUUAUUUCACGAAAUAUACUCCCUUUCGUAUUCAACUCGGAAGGGUUUAUUCUUACUCUUGAAUCCUUAUCUCUUUAAUCGGCAAUUUUGGCAACGGUCGAAGGUUUCAGUCAAGGUAGCUACAAGCCUGAAACGUGGUAGGAUUAUCCUGGGAGCGAGCUAGCCAGACCUGUCCGAAUAGCUAUCGGGAUACAGGGGCUAUCUUUCUUCAAGGCCAGUCCGUUUUUGCGGGCGAUCCUGCGAUAAGCUUUCUUAUCCUUUCUAUUAUUUCAUUUCAUUUAUUCUAAUUAUUUUUUGUUUAAUUUUGUUCUUGCAUUUGGCGGUUUGUCUGGUGAUUUGUUCAAACUCGGGAUUUUUAUCUGGUUAAACUCGCAAUUUUUAAUAUCUUUUUUCUAACAAUCUUGAAGAAAGAUAAUAUUUCUCGAGUUUUGGAAAAUCCAAAAAUGGCAAACUUGGAAAAUGUUGUUAACAAUGAAACUGUUGGUUUAGAGAAUGUUUUUGGUUCCCCUGAAAAUGAUAAUACUAUGUCUGCCACUAAUUCACAAGGCACACCUGAAUAUAUUGCUACGGGCUCGCACAGGGUGGAUUUAACCGGUAUGCCUGAAAAAUUUUCUGGGCAUUUUUUCAAGCGUUGGCAACAACGCAUGAAAAUUUGGUUAAUCACCAAGGGCUUGCUUUCAGUGAUUAUGACGGUGUGUCCCCCCGUUGUUGAAUCGGAUCCCAAAAGUCUUGAACGCCAAGCUUCAUGGCGUGAGAGGGAUGAAAUUGCAAAAGGCAUGAUUUUGUUGGGUCUCUCCAACAUGUUAUUUGAUGUCUAUUGCACCCUCCACGGCACGACUAAGGACCUUUGGGAUGAGUUGGAUAGAAAAUAUAAUACUGAUGACCACGGUCUUGAAAAAUAUAUUGUUUCUAAAUUCCUACGAUUUGACAUGAAAGAGGGAAAAUCAGUUUUAGAACAGACACAAGAAUUUGAGCUUAUCUUACAUUCUCUUCGUGAAGCAGACAUGGAAUUGCCUGAAAAAUUUAAAGUGAUGGCGGUCAUAGAAAAAUUUCCCAAAUCAUGGGAAGAUUUUGGUAUGACUUUAAAACAUAAAAUGAAAAAGAUCACUUGGAAAUCUUUGAUGCAUUCCAUUACUGUUUAGGAGGAACAUAAGAAAGCGGGUUAUAUUGCGCCUGUUGAAUUUCAACCGAAGGCUCAUGUUAUAACUGGGGGGAAGCAAGCACAUAACUCUAAAAAUAAGCAACCAUCAUCUUUUAAACCAAUAAAGGCCAAAUUAAAAAUUGCAAAGAAACCAAAAGCAAACCGUCCAUGCUGGAACUGUGGACAGAUGGGGCAUUGGGCCAAAUUGUGCCCAAAUAAAAAGGCUAAGGCUCAAUCUGGUGGACCUCAAGUCAACAUGGUGACUGGAGGAACUAGUUCCGAUGGCCUGCGGUUGGAAGAACAGUGAUGAUGGGAAACACAAGUGCUGCUAGUGUGCAUGGAGUUGGAAAAGUAGAAAUAAAAUUCCCUUCGGGAAAAAUUCUUACUUUGCAUAGAGUGCAUCACGUUCCAGAAAUUAGAAGGAACAUUGUUAGUGGUUCCAUUCUAGUUAGGGAGGGUUAUGAAUUGUCUUUUAAAUUAAAUAAAGUUGUAAUUUUAUUUGGUGGACUUUUUAUUGGCAAGGGUUACUUGUCAGAUGGACUUUUUAAGAUUGUGGUUGAUUAUUUGGAAUUAAACUAUAUAUCUGAGAAUUGUGAUUCUUCUUGUUUAUGGCAUUGUCGUUUGG